UUGAACCCACAUAAACGGAGUCAGAGUCAGUAGUGAAGCAAAUCAAAACCCUCGAGCAACACCACCAAAACCCCUCUCUCUUUCUGUCUCUCCAUUCAAAUGAUUUCCGUUUGAUUUGAUUUUUUUUAAUCUUAUCGUUAUUACAAGAAUCCAGGAUUUUUCUGCAGUUUUUGAUCGCAUCUUGGAUUGGGUUUCUUCCUCUUUUUCGUAAGAACAGGAAUCCGAACACAUACUAUUUCUUCACGGGUUUUCAGACAGUGUAAAGAAGAAAAUGAUCAACUUAACUUCGAAAAUGCUUAUUUGAACCCACUUCCCCUCUAUCUUGUGUUGACGGAUCAUUCUCGUUUGCAUUGCUGGUUGAGAGACAGUUGCAAACGGUGUAUGAACAAACAAACUAACUGAAAUGAAGCAUUCUCCCAAGGAAAUAGUAUCACUGGUUCUGAUAGAAACAGAAGUAUAGAACUAAAAUAUUCUGUUGGUAUAGGAAUUCAUCUAGAGUGGUGAUUACCUUGAACAACUCAGAUGGAAGCUAAAUUCUUUCGGUUUCUUAAAAUCGUGGGAGUAGGAUUCAAGGCCAGGGCUGAAUCAGAAGGCAGGUUGCUGUUUCUGAAAUUGGGUUACAGUCAUGAAGUCGAAUUGUCUGUUCCACCAGCAGUUCGUGUGUUCUGUUUUAAACCUAACAUCGUUUGCUGCACUGGAUUAGACAAGCAAAGGGUGCACCAAUUCGCUGCUGCGGUUCGUAGUUGUAAACCUCCUGAACCCUACAAAGGAAAGGGAAUAAUGUAUACUGACGAAGUUAUAAAGAAGAAGCAAGGGAAGAAGUCCAAAUGAUUAUGCCAAGGCGUGCCUUACUGCCUUAGCAUGGAAACCUUUUCUCUCAUAGCAUGUGUGUUUGAAGGGCUAGGUGCAGAGAGAGAUCUUACCUUGUCCCCUUCUAGUAGCUUUUUUUGUUAAUCAUUUGAGAAGUCCGACAUUUGUUAUAUUUUGAUUAGUAAGAGAACGAAGUAAAAUUGUGGAGAUAGAGAGACUGAUUAUUUGAGCAAUCAGAUAUCGUCCAUUUUUUUCCUUUCUAAUUUCUCCAACUUUUAAUUGUUGUCCUUGCAGUAAAAGUUUAAAAUGUCAGAUCCUUUACUUUACUGCUUA